GUCUCCUGUUCCGAAAAGCAGAUACAAAGCUAAAGACGACGACCCCUGAGUGGCCGCUGACACAGACGGGCUGUGACGGAGGCCGCGGCAAACACCCUCCCGCGGGGCCACUACCUGACAGCCCAGGACACAAGAGCUCGAGGAGCGGAGUGGAGUAGCCGGGACGUUCACUGCGGUCACAGGGCAGGAGGAGCACAGAAGUGGGGACUCCCAGGCUCUCGUACCUACCCCACUCGGACCUCCAAGGGCCCGAGAACCUCCUGAACCUCGUAGGCAGCCCAGUAACUAGGUCCCUUCGCCCCCUGCACAUAUAAAGGCAGGACACUGGAGCACCAAUUCCACCCGGUAGGUCCCGCCUCUGCCUGCUCGGCAGCUCCGGAAACGCCCCUCCCCUAGGCUAUCAUUGGUCAGAAGCCUCAACCCGACCGGAAAUACCCUUGUCCUGGGCUCUCAUUGGUCAAUACUGGCGCGGACGCUCUGCGACUACCCUUCUGGGUAGUGUGGUUCGUGCCACGUGAGCCCUUACGCGAUGUGCGCCCUUCCUGAUCACCCAGGCAACGACCAGGCGGCACUAUGAUUGGCUCAGGAAAAAGUGUCCUAUUGGCUGCGACCCUUGAUCCCAUAAGACCGCCUUUGGGACUCACGGCGAACCGGGCUGGAGAGACGUGCUGGGGCCCUCACCGGGUCACUCGCUUUUACCCCAGCUGACGGCCCCUCCUUCCUGAGCCUCUGUUUUCCCAGAAGUGGUACGGGAGCAGAAUCUCUGUUCCCGCCUUCGCCUCACAUUUCUGAGAGGCAGUCCCCAUUUCACACCGGGGAAGACUGAGGGCCUGAGUGCGACCAUCAGCCUGUGAUCAGUCCACCGUGUGUGUGUGUGUGUGUGUGUGUGUGUGUGUGUGUGUGUGAGACUAUCAGCCUGUGAUCAGCCCGUGUGUGUGUGUUGGGAUGACCCGAGGGGCUCUUCCCGAUCCCAGCUUCGCGCGGCCUCACCCUGCCCACAGGUUCUGACCGUGCCUGCCGCGUCCCUGAUGGACCCAGAGCAGGCCACCUGUUGGCCCCGUGGCUUAGCUGUCUCAUCACUGCAGAGGCUGGUGACCUUCAAGGAUGUGGCCGUGCCCUUCUCCAAGGAGGAGUGGGGUCUCCUUGAUGCGGCCCAGAGGCAGCUAUACCACAGCGUGAUGCUGCAGAACUCAGAGCUCAUGACCUCUCUUGACCUGGAGAAACCGAAGGAAGGGCGAACACAGUUACCUGAGAACCCAGGACUCUCCCAGAGGAAGAAUGAUGUUAGUCUUCAACACAAGAAUGGUCUGUGGAAUCAGCAUUUCCAGGGGAAAGGUGAUACUGAAGAAAUCAUUUCCAGAUAUAACAUCAUGAAGCUCUUCCCCUUUGUUUUCUUCUAAGAGCUUUAUGGUUUUAGCUCUUAAGUUUUUAGGUGUUUGAUCCAUUUUGAGUUAAUUUUUGUGUAUAGUAUAAAAUGAGGCUACAACAUAGUUCUUUUGCAUGUGGAUAUCCAGUUUACUCACCACCACUUGUUGAAAAGACUCUUCUAUCCCCAAAGAUAUCUUGGCUCUCUUCUUGCAAAUCAUAUGUCCCCAUAUUUGAGGGUUUAUUCUUGGGUUCUUUACUCAGUUGGUCCAAAUGUCUCUCUUCAUGCGAGUAUCACACUGUUUUGAUUACUGUACCUUUGUGGUAAAUUUUGAAAUCAGGAAGUGUGAGUCCUCCAAUUUUGUUCUUCUUAUUCAAUAUUUGUUUAUUUGUUUGUCUUUUUAGUUUUUUUAGGGC